GUCAACACCAACUGCUCGGCUGUACACACCCGCCAGGCACUGUGCUGUAAGAUGUCAGUGGAGUACGACAAGUUCAUCGAAUCAGGCCGCAAGUGGUUCUGUCACGUCGACGAUGACAACUAUGUGAACCCCGAAGUCUUGCUGCAGCUGCUGUCCUCUUUCUCAGCCAGCCAGGACGUCUACCUGGGGCGGCCCAGCCUGGAUCAUCCCAUCGAGGCCGCUGAACGGGCUCCAGGGGGCGGCACUGUGAUCAAGUUCUGGUUUGCCACCGGUGGGGCUGGAUUCUGCCUGAGCAGAGGUCUAGCCCUCAAGAUGAGCCCGUGGGCCGGCCUGGGUAGCUUCAUGAGCACCGCCGAGAGGGUGCGGCUGCCGGACGACUGCACCGUGGGCUACAUCGUGGAGGGGCUUCUGGGUGCACGCCUGUUGCACAGCCAGCUCUUCCACUCGCACCUGGAGAACUUGCCGAGGUUGCCGGCUGACGCUGUACUCCAGCAGGUCACCUUGAGCUAUGGGGGUCCAGAGAAUCCGUAUAACGUGGUGAAUGUGGCCGGAAGCUUUAGCCUGCAGCAGGACCCCACUCGGUUUAAGUCUGUCCACUGCCUUCUCUAUCCGGACACAGACUGGUGCCCCUCACGGAAGCAGGGGUGA